GGACACAAUAUGUAUACAUUAUGAACCAUAUUUUUUAUUUUAUAAAAUAACAAAAUAAAAUAUCAUAUUUACUACUUCAAGUAGUAGUGUAAUAUUUACAUAUUAUAGCGAUUAUUAGGUUUAUACCAAAACGAUCGCUAUGACUGAUACUGCUGCAGAAAUCGUAAGAACUGAAAUUGAGAACCCCAAACAAAUAACGUCGGAACGCCUUGGAAACUUUUUAAUUGGUGGAUGUCAACAGAAUAAAACAGAUACACUAAAUUCAGAUUUAAUAUCGGAAAACUUACCUAGAAUAAAACUAGCUGGAGUAAAAUCAAACUUAUACAAUCCAGUACAAAGUACAUUUCGAAGGCAUGAUAUUGAAAAUCUACAAGGAAAACUUAGUGAUGAACUUUCGAGAAGUACAUUACCGCCAGGAUUAGUUGCAUUGCCAAGUUAUAAUGAUCACAAGUUUGAUCCACCGCAGAUAGUUUGUCCAGGAUAUGAUAUUUUACCCUUGCCACUAAAUACAGAAUACCAAAAAAAAACUACUGAUGAAUUAUCAUUUUUAAAACAAAAAGAUUUGUCUGAUUCAUGGAAAAAAUUUAUAGAUAGCGUACCUAUGUCUAAGACCAGGAUGGGUCAUAUUCCUAAAAAUAAAGAUUAUCGUUUUCAUAACUAUGUGGUGAAAUACAUGAAAAAAGAUUAAGCUACGAAAAAUCAUCAAACUUCCAAUAUGAAAAAAUAAUUAUUAUGAAACAAAAUGAAUAAAAUUUUAUUAUGAUUGUAUGCGCUAUCUAUUAAACACAACAUGCAUUCAACAA